AUGGCCUCUUCAACGUCCCUGCUGAAGCUGGCUACCGGGCAUUCGAUGUCUUCUACUACCUCAUUACCUCAUCUUCUACUCCAGCUGAACGAGAGUUCCUUGGUAUCACGGACCCUUAUAAUUGUUGCAUUUGAUAAAAGUGAGGCUUUCGUUGUUUUAAUUAAAUACAUCUAUGCUAACCCUAUUCCCACAGAGGACUUCCGCAACUGCUUGAAGGCGAUUGGAAUCAAGGGUGCUGCUCAGAGGAAUCUCCUCUCUGUCUUGGCUGCCUUACUUAAGUUGGGAAAUGCCAUGGGCCUAUUGGUCGACCAGGAGGAGAUCGAGGAUGUUUGUGAGGAUGUUGGAGGCCUCUUGAACAUUGAUCCGCUCAUCCUACUUAAGAGUUUCAACACAGAUGAGCGGGAAGCCUUGAUGGCCGGCAUUUACGAUGCCUUGCUCGAUUGGAUCAUAGCCAAGGCAAACGAGGCCAUCCAUAACGAAAUCGUCUCCGUCCAUGAAAACGGCUCUAGUGACGGAGGACGCCAGGACGAGUCCGCUGAUACAGUGGGUCUUACCGUCGUGGAAAUCCCAGACCCGGCACUUGGAAAGGCAGUUGCCCUGAGAGGUGCAUUCGAUGACACCGUCGGCAUCAACGCUGAGAUCAAGGAGGAUGGUGUUGAAGUUAUCAGCCCAGGCCAUUCAGUUCUUAGUGAAAUGAAUGCCGCGAAGGCAGAGGUAGGAGUACACUUGGGAAUGACCGAUAACGCUGCCGCUCGGGAGAGAGACUACUUCAACGACAAGGUUGACGGAGUCUUGGAGAAAAUUGGAGUCGAAGUUGAGCCUGGCUGUUUCAUACGUCAGCUUCUGUACCCUGUUCCAGGACAAGGGGUCAGAUUUGGCCAAACCAAGCGCUUCGAUCUAGUUAACACCCUUGGGAGCAGCAGAGUUUGGUAUCAUCUCUCUAUCCACCCGACAGAUGAUCUUCCAGCCGCCCUUGCUUCACUACCAUCUGCCACGUCUGCCUGGUCUGCUGGGACUGUCUCCCGCCAGCUUCGUGCCUGGAGACUUCCAGAAAUGGCAAACCGCCGCAACAAGCGUCUAGAUUUCACCGCAGAUUUUGAUGUUGAAGAAUUUGUCGUCAGAUAUGCACCUCUCGGCUGCCAGGAAGGAAAAGACGGCGUUGAGAACUGGGUCCUUGAGCGAGGUUGGAGCAACGGGGAUGUCGUUGUUGGAAAGGAGCGCAUCUGGAUGAGAGAAAGUGCCUGGUGGGAAGCUGAAUCUAUGCUUGACCUCAUUCCUCAACAGCAGGCUGCUUCGAAUCCAUUCAAUCCAGGGAUGACCAGCAACUUCGACCCUGGCUACACACCUAGCCCACAGGGCAUGAAUCCCGGCAUGAACCAGAGCGGUUUUUUCACUGCUGAUGGCAUGAGUAUCCAAGACAGCCAUGAGCAACUUGUCAACAGGCAAGGUCCCGGAACAAUUGCUGGUACGGUAGCCACCAGCCCAGGUGUUGCCCAAUCAGUAGCACCCACCAUGAACCGAGCCUCCAGAAACAUUGGAGAUUAUGGUCUCGGAUCCAAGGGAGAUGAUAUCAAAUAUGAUGACACUUACUAUGACGAGACCCUUGGUCGAUAUGUCGGCCAGGUCGACCCUGAAUUUGCGGAACCAAAGAGCAUUGAACAUGAAUCCAUCACCUUCGGCCGUCGGGUGUGGAUUAGUUUUGUAUGGGCUCUUACAUUUUGGAUCCCAUCCCCUCUCCUCCGUUAUGUUGGACGUAUGAAGAGACCAGAUGUCCGUAUGGCCUGGAGAGAAAAGGUUGUUCUUGUUGCUUUGAUUGUACUUCUGAACUGUAUCAUUGUCUUCUACAUCGUUGAAUUCGGAAACCUGAUUUGCCCAGGCAAAGAUAAGGUCUGGGACAGCAGGGAAGUUUCUUACCAUCAAGGAGAGGACGACUUCUUUGUCAGUAUUCGAGGACAUGUCUAUGAUAUCAGCAAAUUCGCCAAAACUCCCCAUACACAAGGUCGAAAAUACCCAACAGACAGGGAGUCUAUGCAGCCCUUCGCUGGCCAAAAUAUGGAUGCUUAUUUCCCUGUUCCCCUGCCGCUUGCCUGCCCUGGUUUCGGUAUCAAGCCGGAAAUUCAACUCAUUCCCAACAAUACUGAUACUAUUCAGAACAGCAUUGCCAUUCACAAAUCUGGAAAGACUGUUGUCACUGAUCCAACUGUAAAGACCCAUGAAGAUGACUGGUACCCGCGCGUCUUCCAGCCUGCGAUCAAGGAAUAUUACAAAGGUGAUCUCGUUUGGUCGAGGAAGAACGUCACGGAGCAAGCAAAACUGUUUGACCGGAAAUGGGUCAUCAUCAAUGAGAAGGUAUAUGACUUGACUGAUUACUUCAACAGUAUUGAUAAGAUGGACGGUUACCCUGGCUAUGAUUUCUUGCCAUCUGUCGUCACGGACCUGUUCAAGAAAGAAGCCGGAACUGAUAUCACCAGCCUAUGGGGUGAUACCACCGAUUUCAAGAACAGUAUGAACUGUUUGACCAACCAGUUCUAUGUUGGCAAGACGGACUUCCGUGAUACUCCACGAUGCCAGGCGAACAACUACAUCCUCUUGGCCUUUACCGUUAUUCUCUGUGCUGUCAUUCUGAUUAAAUUCUUGGCUGCCUUGCAACUUGGUACUAAGCGGCGACCUGCCAUGCAAGAUAAAUUCGUUAUCUGCCAAGUUCCCGCCUAUACUGAGGGCGAGGACCAGCUCCGCAAAGCCAUUGACUCUCUCACUGCCCUACAAUAUGAUAACAAGCGAAAGCUCAUCUUUGUUGUUUGUGACGGCAUGAUCGUUGGUGGUGGUAACGACAGACCCACUCCCAAGAUUGUGCUUGAUAUUCUCGGCGUUGACCCCAAGAUUGACCCUCCAGCCCUCCCAUUCAAAUCUGUGGGUGAAGGAAGUGACCAGCUCAACUAUGGAAAGGUAUAUUCUGGAUUAUACGAGUAUGAAGGCAACGUGGUUCCCUAUAUUGUCGUUGUUAAAGUCGGCAAGGAGUCUGAACAGAACAAGAGCAAACCUGGAAACCGUGGAAAACGUGAUUCUCAGGUCAUGCUUCUUCGAUUCCUUAACCGCGUACAUCACCGUGCCCAUAUGUCGCCUCUUGAGCUGGAAAUGUUCCAUCAGAUCAACAACGUCAUUGGUGUAGAUCCUGAGCUUUACGAAUAUCUUCUCAUGGUUGAUGCUGAUACAAGUGUCAGAGAAGACUCUCUUAACCGCUUGGUUGCAAGUUGUGCAAACGAUGCGAAGAUUGCAGGUAUUUGUGGUGAAACUAGUUUGCAGAAUGAGGAGCGAAGUUGGUGGACUAUGAUUCAAGUCUACGAAUACUACAUUUCUCAUCACUUGGCUAAAUCCUUCGAGUCUCUUUUUGGCAGCGUUACCUGUCUUCCUGGAUGUUUCUCUAUGUACCGACUUCGUACCCAGGAUAAGGGCCGACCAUUGAUCAUCUCUGAAAAGGUCAUUAGCGAAUAUGCUGAUGUCCGUGUGGAUACCCUACAUCAGAAGAACCUGUUGUCCCUUGGAGAAGAUCGAUUCCUCACCACUCUUAUGACCAAACACUUCCCUCACAUGUCUUACAAGUUCAUUCCAGAUGCAUAUGCCAGCACAGCUGCUCCAGAAACAUGGCAAGUUCUCAUGUCCCAGAGACGUCGUUGGAUUAACUCUACUAUCCACAACUUGGCUGAGCUUAUGCUCCUCAAGGACCUGUGUGGCUUCUGCUGCUUCAGUAUGAGAUUCGUCGUGUUCAUUGACUUGUUUGGAACUCUCAUUCUCCCUGCCACAACCGUCUACCUUGGAUACCUCAUCUACCUCGUCGCAGCCCAUAAAGGACAAUUCCCAUUAUUCUCUAUCAUUUUGAUUGCUGCGGUGUACGGUCUGCAGGCCAUCAUCUUCAUUAUAAAACGCCAAUGGCAGCACAUCGGUUGGAUGAUCAUCUAUUUGAUGGCAUUCCCCUUCUACAGUUUCAUUCUGCCUCUAUACUCCUUCUGGAACCAAGACAACUUCACCUGGGGUAACACUCGUAUUGUCAUUGGAGAAAAAGGAGAUAGGAAAGUCAUUGCUGUUGAAGAUGAACCAUUUGACCCUAAGAGCAUUCCUCUCCAGAGAUGGGACACCUACGCCCUUAUCCACAAUCUCCCUGGCCGCCGCGGCAAUCCCAACGCUCAAGAGAAGGCCGGGUUCCCUGGUUACAAUGACGAGGCUGCCGUUGAGAUGGAUGAUAUGCAAUCAAUGUACUCAUCCGUGAAGCCAGCUUCGACAAUUCUGACUGGUUUCCCUACCCAGGGUGUCCAACAAACUCCCUAUGUCCUCCCCCACUCUCCAAACCCCUACAGCAAUCUUCCAGGAAACAGGAAUUCCCACAUGUCGCACUUUACUCACUAUACUGAUCAGCCUCAAAUGGGUAACCGCGCCUCGCAACAUCUGUCAGUUAGCAACUUGAGCCAUUACCAAGACAAUCCAACGAAUGCCAGCCGUCUCAGUGGUUUUGGUGUACCGGGCUCCGACAAUUUUGCCCCAUCCCAACUCCAUAGCAUGCGAAGCUCCAUGCCUCGACCGGCCAGCACACUAGUAGACUUCAGGAACCCUCCCGGACAAGGCCCUGACGAAGCGACUAUCACUGCUGCUAUCCAGGCAUGCCUUGGAGAAGUAGACCUCGACACUGUCACGAAGAAACAAGUCCGUGCUCUUGUUGAACAACGACUACAAACGACGUUGUCUGGAGAAAAGAAGGCCUUCCUCGACCGACAAAUUGAUAAUGAACUCGCCAACAUGUGA